UUGUUGUGAUACAAAUGGCAAGUUAUAGCACUUAUUUGUCCUUGGCAAUAUUGGUGGUUGCUGGAUCUUUAAUGUACAACACAAAAGAGGUUUCAGCUCAAUGUGGAGGAAGUCUUACGGAUCUCAUAGCACAGUGCUCACAGUAUGUGCAAAAGUCGGGACCACAAAUCAAGCCUUCAGCGGCGUGUUGUGCAGUGCUGAGAAAAUUUAAUGUGCAAUGUGCAUGCAAACUUAUUACUAAGGAAGUUGCAAGCCUUGUGAGUAUUCCAAAGGCCGUUUUUGUUGCACGCACUUGUGGAUUCAACCUUCCUCCCGGGAUGCAUUGUGGAGCUGUUAAAAUUCCGCCGAAGGCCAUGAAGUGAACAUUUUCUCCAACUGCACUGCACUGCCUUAUUAUUGAAUAACUGUCUUCCGAUGUACGAAGCACCCUUCUUUUUUGCAAAAAUAAAUAAGUAAAUAAGUACUCUCCAUAUCAAACAGUAGAAUUAAUGCUCAGAGAUGGAAGCAAGAACCUUGUUUAUAAAAUGGAAUAUAUAUCCAUGUAAUAAAUAAGUUAAUAACAUGUGCAGAAACUUGCGUGAAUAUUAUUGUACAACAUCAAAGUUAAUGAUAACUUCCAUUUAAAGCUUGAAGUUAA